UGUCAAAAAUCAGGCCUUCUCUUCAAAGAGCUGCUACAGACUCCCAACUUCCGCAUCACUGUGGUGGAAGAUGCCGAUGCUGUGGAACUCUGUGGAGCACUAAAAAACAUCGUUGCUAUGGGAACCACCUUCUGCAAUGGCCUCCGCUGUGGGAAAAACAGUAAGGUUGCCAUCAUCCACCUUGGCCUUAUAGAAAUGAUUGCUUUCACCAGGAUCUUCUGCAAGGGCCAAGUGUCCACGGCCACCUUCCUGGAGAGCUGCGGCUUGACUGACCUCAUCACUACCUGCUAUCAAGGGAGUGACUCCAAGGUGACCAAGUCCUUCUCCGGGACAGGGAAGACUAUUGGAAAACUAGAGAAGGACAUACUGAAUGGGAGGAAGCUUCAAGGACUCGAGAACUCUACCUUAGUGUACCAUUUCCUCAAGCAGAAGGGACUUCUAGACCAGUUUCCACUGUUCACAACAGGGUAUCAGAUCUGCUGUGAAGGCAGACCUAUCACAGAGAUGCUAACCUACCUCCAGAGCCACUCUGUGCACAAAUAA